AGAGAGAGGAGUGGAGAGAGAGAGAGAGAGAGGAGAGAGCGCGCGGCGACGAGCGGGUGCGCCGUCGGGGCACCGACGCGGUCCCCGCCUCCUCGCAGGUGACGAUGCGCGACGCGCGCGAGCUGCACCCGCCCGCUUCGCUCGACGCGCUCGGCUUCGCGCUGCAGUCGUGGCCGACGAAGUGCGACGACUUCGAGGACGACGACGCGGUGGUGGCGACGUACUACGGCGAGAUGAUGGACCUGGUCAAGGCCGCGUCGGGCGCCGAGCGCGUGUUCAUCUUCGACCACACCGUGCGAGAGAGCGGAAACACAAACCUCAACGCGGCGGCGGGCGGCUCGGCGGCGCCGGUGCCGCGCGUGCACUGCGACUACACGGCGUCGGGGGCGCCGCGGCGGCUGCAGCAGCUGGGCGCCGAGGGUAUCUACUCGCGGCUGCGGGGGCGGGUGCUCACGCCGGAGGACGUGGAGGAGCUCGCUGCGGGCCGCUUCGCCUUCAUCAACGUGUGGCGCUCGAUCGACGACUCGCACCCGGUGAUGCAGCAGCCGCUCGCCGUCUGCGACGAGAAGUCUGUCGCGGAGGAGGACCGCUUCACCUACGAGCUGCGCUUCCCCGACCGGACGGGAGAGAACUACUCUCUUCGCCACUCGCGCGCGCACCGAUGGUACUACUUCCCGCGGCAGACCAAGGACGAGUGCCUCGUCUUCAAGGUGUACGACAAGCGGGAAGACGGGCCUCGCUUCGUCUUCCACACCGCCUUCUCCGACCCGAGCUCGCCGGCGGACGCGCCCCCGCGUCGCUCGAUCGAGGUGCGCGCGAUCGCCUUCUUCGACCCGCCCGAGCUCGAGGAGCCCGUCGAUGCGAUGCGGACAGCCCAGGGGGAGCCGUUUGCGGGGCGGUGACUGCCAGCAGACGAUGCCAGUAGCACGGCGCGCCGCCCCUCCUGCGCGCUGCUGCGAGGCCGAGGGGGCCGAUGUGUCCACACUCCAGGCGGACCGCGCGCGCAUUUGAUUGUACUCUCAGAACCAUGAUCCAUGUGUGUAUCGGUCGGUAUGUUGUAUUGUUUUUUCUCUGUGUCGCAUACUGUAACU